UCCCAGACCAGGGCUCGAACCGUGUCCCCUGCAUUGGCAGGCAGACUCUCAACCACUGCGUCACCAGGGAAGCCCCUGAAGUUGUUUUUUAUUUAAAAUUGAAAGCACCCCUACUUGCUCUGUCCCAGGCAGAAUGCUAGCUUCAAGGGACACAUGGCUGAGUGAGUAGAGGCUGUCCUCCAGACGCGCACAGUAAAGGGAGACAGAACUAGUCGUUGCCAUACAGUGAGAUGAGCCCUGGAAGACCUCAGACUGAAGGAGCGAGGUCAGAUACCCGGGACAUCUUCCCCCACAGAAGAGCGUACUGUGCUGGCUUUUGCAGGAUGAGUAGGAGGUCACCACCCUACCAAAGCAACGAGGAGCACUCCAGGCAGGCGGGGCGGCCUGUGCAAAGGCACGAAAGGGCUGGGGAGCCCAGGGCAUUUGGGGGACUGUGGGCAUUUCGGGGCAUGUGGGCAGGUGGCAGGGAAUGAAGCUUCAAAACGAGUUUGGGCCAGACCGUGAAGGCUGAAGGCUGGGCUAAGAGGCUGACUCUAAUUUAUAAUCAGCAUUUCCCAAAACGUAUCUCAUGACUCAUGGUCUUGUGAGAUGGUAACAGGUGUCCCUCCAAAAACAGACAUCAAGGUUAUUUAAGUUCAGGAAGCCCGGGUUGAAGCACAGUGAAAGCAGCUUCCUUAGUGCAGGACUUCUCAGAGCCUUUAAUUCUCUAACAUGCAUGGGACUCUCCAAGAGGACAGAGUAGAUGGGAUUCGCAGACUCAUUUGAUCAUGGAGCCCCCUUCCUGAGGGAGUCUGAGGAGGCCAGUGUUGCAGGGGACACACUUUUGGAAAAAUGCUGCCUGUAGCUAGUUGACAAGAGCUGGUGAGAAUUCUGAGCAGCUGCGAGGUACGAUCAGGUUUGUUUCUGAUGCUGUUUGGAGGGCGGGCUGCCGAGGGGUAAGCCAGGGGGCGGAGAGGCUAGCUAGGGGCGUGAGAGGGGGAGAGGAAGGAUGUCCCAGGUAUUAAGGCGGUGGAAUCUGCGGGCUUGGUGGUUGAUUAAACUGGCGGGAGGGUUGGAGGGCAAGGAGGACAGGAGGACUGUGGCCGAGGCUCUGGUUUCCAGCGCAUGGUGACGGCUUUGACUCAGAUGGGGAGAAUAAGGAAGGGGUUUGGCGAGAGUACUUUUAUGUCAGCUGGAGAUGAAAACUGGGCUGGGCUGGAUUACCUGGACUGAGUUUAUGGGAGAGAGAAGAGAAGGAAUUCAACAACUUAGAAGACAUGGACAGAUUCCUUGAUUAAUGCAACGUAGCCAGAUGGACGCAAGAGGAAACAGAAAAUCUGAAUAGCCCCGUCUCUAUUAAAGAAACCACAGUGCCCAAAGAAAAUUCCAGGCCCAGACAGCUUCUCCGGUGAGUUCAUCACUCUUAAGGAAGAAACGAUACUGAUCUCACGCGAACUCUCUCAGGAAAUAAAUUGUGGGAGAGGUCACUUCACACAUGGCUAUGAUUCGGACAGGUCUGGGUUCCGGUUCAAGCCCGGUUGGUUUCAUCCAUUCAGAGCCGUGUUUUGAAUACCUACUGCGUGUCACACACCCAGGUCACAGUAGUGAACAAAGCAAAGCAAACUCACGCCCUCGCCAAGUUGCGCAGGGUCGGAGGGGGCAUUGCGCCGCCCUGAGGCGCAGUUUCCUCGCGUGUGGCGUGGGGACACCGUGCUGGAGAAGGGCGGCCGGCAGGAGUGGGGGGCAGUCCCCGGCAGCCACUGAUGCUUGUCUCUCUGUCGUGUGUGUACGUGUGUGUUCCACGGCCUGCCCUCUCAGGCUUAAAAAUGUGUGUCAGCAGCAGCCACGAUGAGGCCCCCGUCCUGAGCGACAAGCACCUGGAUGUGCCCAACAUCAUCAUCACCCCGCCGACCCCCACGGGCGUGAUCCUGCCGAGGGACUCCCGGAGGGCAGUCUGGCUGGAGGAGUCAGGGUCGGGCCCGGAGGAUGGAGAAGCAGACCCUGAGGCCUGAGGAGAAGGCACGCGUGGGUCGGGGAUUUGCCUGCACUGGAUCCUUCCCUGGCUGCCCUUCGCUUGGCGUGUCCCGGGGUGCCUGGGACAGAUGUGCUGAGAACGCUGGCUGGGAAGACAGAGAGAUUCCGGCACUGGACCAGCAGAGGCGUGGCGAGAGGAGCGAGGAAGCGGCCCUGCCCUCGUCCAGAACGACAUUUCCCAGGCCCCGUUGAGUGGACCGGACCUCUGAUGCCUACAUAUUCUUGCCGACCGCGAGGCACAGUGACGGCCAUCUGGGUACCAGGGACAGGCUUUCUUCUAGACAGACUCCCAGCGGCCUGGGCCAUGCAGAUGGGUGCCCAGGAGGUCUGCACAUAUAAGGACUUCUUGCAAAGGGCUGGCUUCAUUUUUUACAAGUUGUCUUACCGACAUUGAAACAGUCCAAAAAGUGAUUUAUAAUUUCUUUUUUGCACUGUAAGUAAAGACCCCGUGUAACGAGCAGUGGACCCUGCUUCUUGGGCGGGCAGAGAAGGUGGUGCACACCCGGGUACACAGGUGGGCUCCAGAGAAUCGCUUAUCGUGGAGGGGCUGGUCUGGCUGGUGACGGGUCUUUGGAUGGUCUUGGCCUCUUGAUUUGCAGAGUGUCCUGUGCCGCCUCAUUCUGUGGCCAGCAGCUACUGGAGUGCGUCCUUGUGACAGACGCACAGAGCACGAGCCAGGCCGUGCGAGAGCAUUCUCAGCUUGGGCGUGUGGGCCAAGCAAGUCCCACGGCCAAACCCCACGUGGGUGAGCUGGGCGGUCCCAUGGCACAGGAAGGGAUGGACGUGUCUAUUAAAGGGAGUGAGAGACGGGCUGGGAAUAAUAAUCCAGUCUCCCGGCAUAGACACUAUUAUUAUCCCCAUUUUACAGAUGGGGCACUUGAGGAACUUAGAGGCUUAGAUCCCUUGCCCAAGGCCAUCAGAUAGUAAGAAUUUGAACCCAGACCCCAUACUCUUUUCUUUUUUAAUAUAAAUUUAUUUAUUUAUUUUUGGCUGCGUUUGGGUCUUCAUUGCUGCACACGGG